AUGGCAGCUAAUGCGGCCUUUUUGAAUACAAGCGGAGAUGAUAAAGCUAAAUUUAUCGUGGAAACUUCUCUAAAGAGUGCAAAUACUUGUCUCCUUAAUAGGAACUAUGGCAGGGCUUUUGCACAUUAUCUUUUGGUAUUCAAAUUAGACUCUUCUUUCAAAAACAAACUAAAGAAAGACUUUACCUAUGUCAUGAGAGAAUGGACUGAAGAAUUAGAAACUCAAAAUAGAAUUGAAGAUUUAUUUAAAUGUUAUGAACAAGCAUGUGAUGUUUUUCCUGAGUGUGAAACUGCUUUGAAUAAUAUUGGUGCACAGCUAUUUAGACUUGGUUACAUAGAUGAAGGGGCUAUGUAUAUCAGAAAAGCCAUUCGAUUAGCACCAGAUUACGUAGCUGCCAGACAGAACUUGGAGAAUAUUUGUAGUUAUUUGGUAGAUAGAUGGCAUUUCCGUAUGUUGAACGAUAUCACUAGAAACACAGCCUACAAACAGGCUAUUUUAAAGAGUGUUUCUAAUGGAGUUCAAACUAUUCUGGAUAUUGGGGCUGGAACUGGAUUGCUCAGUUUAUAUGCUGUGGAAAGUGGUGCCAGGUCGGUGUAUGCUUGCGAGAAAUCAAAAACUAUGCAUGAAGUGGCCAAAGAUGUCUUAGCAAAAAAUGACCCCGAGAAAACAAUAAAGUUGAUGUGUAAAAAUUCUACAGAUUUACACAUACCUGAGGAUAUGCCUGAACGAGUAGAUGUAGUAGUAACUGAGACGUUUGAUGCUGGUUUGUUUGGUGAAAAUAUUUUAACAACAUUAAUACAUGCACAUAAAUCACUGAUUAAGGAAAAUGGGGUAAAAGAUUGUAUAAUACCAGGUAGAGCAACUGUUUAUAUUUGUGCCAUAGAAGCGGAAUCGCUUCGAAAUAAAAACAGAUUAGUGUAUCCAGUCUUACAGAAUGUAGAUCUAGAUGGUGUCACCAUAGUUUGUAAGACGACCUUGACUGACAGCAACCCCUACACAACAGAAGAUUUAUCAAAUAUUCGUGGUGGUUACAUCGAGUUAUCUUCCCCUCUUCAACUUUUGUCGAUCAAUUUUAAUGAUUUUAGCGAAAUAGAGAGAUUAAAUAAUGGGUUGGAUUUUACUGCUUGUUUACCCGUAGUUAAAACAGGUCGUUUAGAUGCUAUUGUUCUAUGGUUUGACCUUCAUCUUGAUGAUGAUAUGACCAUAACAACACGACCCGAUACAACAAAUUGUUGGGAACAAGCUGUCUAUCCAGUUCUUCCUCAACACAUUAAUAUUAAAGGUUCAAAUAGUCAGCAUUUAGAUGUACAACAAGGUGAAGAAAUCAACAUUGGUUGUCAAUUAAAGGAUAACCAUUUAAAAAUCAUUUGUAGUGAAAUCAAAUCAACGCUGAAGGAUUCGAAAAUAUUAGCCGACAACUGUCAAAAACUAGACACCAAAUUCAAAAGAACCGCUUCAGAAAAUAACUGUACCACAUUACAAUUAGAACAUCACGAAAUCGCAAAUUUAAAUGACAUAACUUCAAACAGGGUGUUCUUUCACGCCAUAGAAAGGUUACGACUGGCUAAAAAUAGAAAAAACUUAUCCUUGUUAGAUUGUAGUCAAGGAUUAUCUCCCCUUGGUCUUCAGGCAGCCUUAUUGGGAUAUACUGAAGUGUGUGUAGCUUGUGAUGAAGAUAAAAUGGAAGAUAUAAAACAUUUAAGUGAGAUAAAUCGUGUUAAAGUGAGUGUUAUAGAUAGGAAGUGUAUCGUUGCUAACGACGACAGGUACAAUGUUAUUAUCAGUGACUUAGUCGAAUCUUGUGGAGUUUUAAAACAGCAAAUUCUGGAAGAAAUGGCACUACUCAGAGUAACGUCAUUAAGUGAUCAUGGAGUAAUUUUACCAAAUAAGUUAAAGAUUUAUGGUAUAUGUGUUGAGUCAUGUGACUUGUUACGAGUGAGUCGUGUUAUUGGCACGGAACAGACAUCGGGUUAUCAUAUAGCGGAAUUUAUUAAUGAUUUCCAGAGUUCAACUCAUGUGGAUGUUGAUCUUCACACAUUGCAGCAUAAAAAAUUAACAGAAUCAUUUCUGAUGUUUGAUUUCUCCUUAAAUCCUGACUCGUCAACAAACGAACCGACUUCCUUCCUCGAACAAUCGGCAAUACUGGAUGUAAAUAUUCUAGAAUCAGGUUCUAUUACUGCUCUUGUUUACUGGUUUGAACUUGUAGUACUGGAUGAUCUUAAAAUUUGUACUCUUGAUUAUACCAGUCAUUGGAAGCAGGCUUGUAUGAUGAUAAAGGAGGAAGUUGAAUUGAUAGAAGGAGGAAUGAUAAAGUUAGAAGUGAAUUUAGAGAACAGUUGUCUAGAACUUAAAUCACUACAAAUAAACCAAAAUUCAUAAAUAACUUCCUUUAUGGCUUUUUCCCUGGGGCGUUUUGUGGUCAAGUGGCCCAACGCAUGUGCUUUUGAUCAUCAUAAGGUCUGUCACUUGUGUAUUUCCAUGUGUACAGAAAAAUCACUGAAAAGUUUAUGGAAUCCCAUGUGAUUAACAUCAUAAGUGAGGAUUUCUCUUUACAGCAUGAAGCCAGACAUUGUUUACGUUCAGUCACUGCCUUUUUUAUAACAAUACCAUAUCCAAAAAUAUCUGCCAUUUACAGCAACAAGAGCGAUUGAUUAACUUAGUGGAAGAGAACCUGAGUUUGUGCACCAGAAUGUAAACCUGCACAUACUUCAAGCAAGAAAAAAAUCCAGCAAUAAAGUCGUGUGGAAACACU